AUGGACAUUGAUAUGGGUAAUAAUAACAUAAACCAACAAGCCCCCGGGGUAUCUAUUUCAACUUUCCCCACGACGCAAUUUAACUUUGGGGGAGAUCUCGGAAAUGUUUUCUUUAAUAAUAGUAGCUUGACGGAAGUGUCAUCGAGCAAUAUGCCUAAAUACUCUAGGUCAUUAAGUCUUCGAGGGAAAAAUCGAAGACAUGGUAGUCACUCGGUAACUGGCAAUGAAAGUCGUAAUUUGUCAAUUCCAAAAACGGGGUCUUUCGAAGGAUCAGAUUUCAGUAGAAUGAUGUUACCCGCGGGAAGCUCAUUUAGUUUUGAACUACAAAAGGAUACAACAACAAUUCCGUCCAUCCAGCCUGUAUCGACAUCAACAUUUAAAUUUAACCAAGAGACUCCUAUUACAUCUACUGAGUCUCCGUUUCAAACUAAUGGGGCAACUUUCAGUUUUCAAUCGGCCUUUCCAUCACAGCCUUUCUCUGCACCGGUGACCUUUAGUAAUAACUUUGGUAGUGGAUUAAAUCUUAAUCCCCCAGCAACUCCAAUUUUUAAUAUGAACGGUGAUGGCCAAGUUUUCCAGAAUGGAACGAACACUGAUGUACAAAAAAAUAUACAAUCAAGUAACGUUGGUAGGCCAAUAGCCAAUAUGCGUAGAC